GGACGGUUUUUCCGGAAUGCGGGACAUCGUGACCGAAACGUUUCUGGCGCACAACGGCUGCCCUCCGCCCGGCGCGGGGAUGGUGGCCAACCCGUCUUGUACGGUCCCAACACCGCUGUUCAACAGCAGCAUGCCGAUGAAAGCUGCCUGCGUGCCAACCAUGCCGACGCUCGUUGUCC